AUGUCAAGUUCUGUAAUUCCAUACAGUUGCGAGGUAUGGCAGCCUGAUCAUAUUAUUGACUUGAUACCAACUACAAACGACAUUAGUGGUAAUUUGUCACCACCACAAGAGAUGGUGUGCCCUGAGUUCUUGAUUGAUGUGUUUGUAACAUAUAUGAAUAAUAAUGAUGAUGUCGUACAGCACCACACAUCACACCAUACGACACCAAAUAUUUAUUCCUCAACCUCAAGGUACUUUCAAUUCACAAGUCAACGACACCAUUUUGUAGAGAGUAGUAUCUCAUGGUCCACAAUUUCUAACAUGCUCUCCCACAUGCUGGUUCCCUUUCAUGCUCAGCCACUUAUGAUCCAAAAGAUUUCAACUAUUGCUCGGGAAAUCGCCUUGCAACCUGAAAACUUAGGCUGCAAGACUAUUCCACUUGUCAUCGCUCUUGUCGUAGGACAAGAGCGAUUGGAACAAGGGGAACAGGGAGAAGAAGAAGCCGAUCGAGUAAAAGUUUCCAAUUCAAGCGCGGGUUUGGAGAAGGUGAAAAUUGAUGAGUUAGGGGAGAAUAAUUGUGUGAUAUGUUUGGAAGAGAUGUUCUUAGGGUGUGAAGCUGUUAGGUUGCCUUGUUUCCAUUUUUAUCAUGAAGACUGCAUAUUGAAUUGGCUUGAGAAGAGUAAUAUCUGCCCUUUGUGCCGGUUUAAGAUGCCUUUAUAA